CCGUGCGGGUAAACGGUCGCUGCUCGCGGGGCUCCGGUGUGGUUUGAUACCGGGCGGUAGGUGAGAAGGGAUGAUAGGAGGAGCCGCUUCCCGGUGAGACCUUCCUUCACGCUUACACGGCAGCUUGAUCUGGCGGCACGAGUUCUGCGGGAGGUCGGCUAACUAAUCAAUCAAAUGAGAGAACCCGAGUUUAUGAAACAAAAUGGCUAAAGGAGAGAAGAAUUUUAUCAACAAAGAUAAAGAAGAUGAGAUGGAGAUUUAUGGUUAUAAACAGUGCCUUUGGAAGCUGGUCCUUGUUGCAGUUGGUGUUAUUUGCACUGGUGGUUUCCUUCUCCUGCUACUUUACUGGAUGCCUGAAUGGAGUGUGAAGGCAACAUGUACUCAAACAUCUCUCAAGGAGGCUGAGAUUGUGCUGUUGAGAACCACAGAUGAAUUUAAGACAUGGUUUCGGGCAAAGGUUCACAAACUACUUUCACCUGGGACAGAUCCAAUGGAGAAUUUAGAGCCCCAAAUAAGUAAACCGGUGGAAAAUGGACAUGAAAAUGACACAAAUCGGCUGUCUAUCGACCAAAACAAAAUGCUGCUGCAAGGCAAAAUAGCAGAGUCUGAAGGAGUGCUGGUUCGCUAUUUUGUACACCACAGCAUAACAUACUUCUGGAACAGCUUCUUACAAAAUUUUAAAGACCAAAAGGGACUGGCUGAGGGUGUUUCGUGGUCUGCUAUUCAUGGCCAACAUAGUAAAGGAUUGAGUAAAGAACUCGAGGAAUAUCGGAAACUGUUUUUUGGUCUGAAUGAAGUUAAAGUCAAAGUACCUUCUGUGUUCAAACUCUUAUUUAAAGAGGUGCUUAAUCCUUUCUACAUAUUUCAACUCUUCAGUGUUAUUCUUUGGACUUUUAAUGGUUAUUAUUAUUAUGGUGUGGUAAUUGUCAUAAUGUCACUAAUAUCAAUAGUGACCUCCCUGCAUACCAUCAGAAAGCAAUAUGUCAUGUUGCAUGACAUGGUAGCAGCUCAUAGCAUUAUCAGAGUUUCAGUGUGCAGAGCAAACAGUGAAAUAGAAGAAACUUUGUCUACAGAUCUGGUGCCUGGUGACAUUAUAGUCAUUCCAACGAAUGGGAUCAUAAUGCCUUGUGAUUCAGUACUGCUCAACGGCACUUGCAUUGUCAAUGAAAGCAUGUUGACAGGUGAAAGUGUUCCUGUAACAAAAAUCAAUUUACCAAAUCCAAAUACGAAUUUCAAAUGUCUUGAAGAAGAUGAAAUCUAUAAUCCAGAACAGCACAAACGGUACACUCUCUUCUGUGGUAGUACUGUAAUCCAGACACGGUUUUACACUGGGGAACUUGUCAAAGCUGUUGUAGUCAGAACAGGUUUUGGUACUACGAAAGGACAACUUGUACGCUCAAUCUUGUAUCCAAAACCAACAGAUUUUAAACUGUACAGAGACGCUUAUCUCUUCCUGCUGUGCCUUGUUGGUAUAGCAGGGAUUGGAUUUUUAUACACGGUUAUCAACAGUAUUUUGAAUGGGGUUGAAAUUGGCACAAUCAUUAUUGAGUCACUUGACAUCAUCACUAUUACUGUUCCGCCUGCUCUUCCAGCAGCAUUGACUAUUGGUAUUGUGUUUGCACAACGACGAUUGAAGAAAGUAGGCAUUUCUUGUAUCAGUCCUCAGAGAAUAAACACCUGUGGACAACUUAAUCUGAUCUGCUUUGACAAGACUGGAACACUUACUGAAGAUGGCCUGGACAUUUGGGGCAUACAAAGAGUACAAGAUAAUAGCUUUUUGCCAUGUGAACAAAGUGUUUGUAAGGAAACCUUGGUGAAAUCACACUUUAUUGCUUGCAUGGCAACCUGCCACACACUUACUAAAAUUGAUGGAAAAUUAUCUGGUGACCCAUUGGAUUUAAAAAUGUUUGAAGAGACUGGCUGGGUUCUUGAAGAAGCAACUGAAGAAGAAACUGCUUUAUAUAAUCCAAUCAUGCCCACUGUAGUUCGGCCUUCGAAGCAACUCUUCCUUGCAAAAGAGGCAGUGAUAGAUCGUGACAUGUCAUCAUAUGAAAUAGGUAUUGUAAGGCAAUUUCCAUUUUCUUCUGCUCUACAACGAAUGAGUGUCAUAGCCAGAGUGUUGGGUGAAAAACAUAUGGAUGCUUACUUAAAAGGUGCACCGGAAAUGAUUGCUAACUUAUGCAAGGCAGAAACAGUUCCUACAAAUUUUUCCGAUGUAUUGAAGAUUUAUACAAAACAAGGCCUCAGAGUCAUAGCACUUGCACACAGGAAAUUCGGGUCUAAGCUAACUUGGCACAAACUGCAGAACAUCAACAGGGAUGCCAUUGAAAGUAACAUGGAGUUUAUGGGCUUUAUUAUAAUGCAAAACAAGCUAAAACCUGAUUCAUUCAGUGUUCUUGAAAAACUCAGAAAAGCUAAUAUUCGCACAGUUAUGGUUACAGGAGAUAAUAUGCUAACAGCGGUUUCUGUCGCCAGAAACUCUGGGAUGAUUUUACCUCAGGAUAAAGUAAUUAUUGCAGAAGCUAUGCCUCCGAAAGAUGGGAAGACUGCAAAAAUACAUUGGCUGUACGCAGAUAAUGCUCCGAGAAAUCUUGAUAUAACCACUGCAGCUUCAGAGGCCAUUGACAUUAAAGUGGAAAAUGAGGGCUCUGGAGAUGGUCUCCAUCAGAUGAACCGUUACCAUUUUGCAAUGGAUGGCAAAUCCUUUUCUGUUAUAAAUGAACAUUUUCAGGAUCUACUUUCAAAAUUGAUACUAAAUGGGACAGUGUUUGCUCGCAUGGCCCCUGAUCAGAAAACACAGCUGGUAGAAGCAUUUCAAAAUGUAGACUAUUACGUGGGAAUGUGUGGAGAUGGUGCCAAUGAUUGUGGUGCACUAAAGCGAGCACACAGCGGCAUCUCACUGUCUGAAUUAGAGGCUUCUGUAGCAUCACCGUUCACAUCAAGAACUCCAAACGUUGCAUGUGUACCAAACCUGAUCAGGGAAGGACGAGCUGCUUUGAUGACAUCAUUCUGUGUUUUCAAAUUCAUGGCCUUGUACAGUAUAAUCCAGUAUCUAACUGUUACCUUACUGUAUUCUAUACUCAGUAAUCUUGGAGAAUUGCAGUUUCUUUUCAUCGACUUGGCUAUCAUUCUAUCCAUUGUCUUUACAAUGAGUUUGAAUGCUGCGUGGAAAGAUCUUGAUCCACAGAAACUGCCAUCUGGUCUAAUCUCUGCUUCAAUGAUAUUUUCGGUACUGUCUCAAAUUCUUAUCAGCGCUGUAUUCCAGACAACAGGAUUUCUUUUGGUAAAGCAGCAAACCUGGUAUGAAGUAUGGACUCCAAAUUCUGAUGCCUGCAGUUCAUCAAAACUGAACCUAACACUGGAGCACAAUGAUACAUACUAUCACGAUGAAAAGAAUAUUAAGAACUAUGAAAAUAUUACAGUGUUUUUUAUUUCAUGCUUUCAAUACCUCAUUGUGGCUAUUGUAUUUUCUAAAGGAAAACCAUUUCGACAACCUAGUUACAAAAACUAUCCUUUUGUGGUCACUUUGAUACUUCUUUACGCUUUUAUAUUUUUCAUAAUGAUGUUUCGAAUUGAGGUGAUUGACCAAGUUCUACAGUUGGUAUGUGUUCCUUAUAAAUGGAGGAUUACAAUGAUCCUUUUAAUACUAGGAAAUGCAGUUGUCUCUUUCGUAACUGAAACCAUUCUACUUGACUUGAUCCUAUGGAAACUUGUGUCCAAGAAACAGGGACUCGAACUUAAUCAUUUCACAGCCAUUUACAAACAGGAGGUCCUUGAUCGGAAAGGCAAGAGGUGCUUAUCGUUUAUCUUCUGCUCUGAUAAACGAAGACCAAAGGCCAAGUAUAAGCAUGUAGCCCAGGAAUUAUUGCUGGAUCCUGAUUGGCCUCCAAAGCCCAAAACAAUCACAGAAGCCAAAACAAAACCCCACAGGAACAAUGCAUGCCAAAUAAUUACUGUAGAUGAACAAAAAAUACCCUGAUUCAAGUCAACAAUACAGUUGAUUUCAUGGUGGGAUAUAACAAUAAUGAGAAAAGGCAAAGUGAUUAGCCAAGAUUAUAUAAAUUGUGUUUGAAGAGUUUGUAAUUUUGCAAUUAAUUCUACCUUUUGGAGACAUGUAGAGACUUUCAGGUUAUACAGAAGCAAGUUUUCAAAACUAAAUUUGAGGCAGAGAUGAAGCAAUUUUAACAUAUUCCAAACAAUAAACUUAAAGUUCUAUUGUUUUAAAUAUGGAUGAAUAUUUUGUGCAACUAUUGGUCAAUUUUCAUAUAUGAAUUAUUUUCAUUAAUGUUGUAUUCCAACCAAAAAGUAAUGUAUAUUUGAGUACAUUUUAAUACUAAUUGUAACAAACAAACAAGGUUGCACAGCUGUUUGAAGGAAUGAAAUGCUUCUUAUUUGUGGUGAACUGCAUGUGUACAGCUCAGCUGACCAGUCUCUGAACACUAGUUCAAGUUCUCCAGAUUGUAAAGAUCAAAUAAGAAAAAACAAUUUUUAUUGGGGACUUAAAUGUAUCACAGUGGCCAUCAGAUUUUCUUUUCCUUUACCAAAUAGAUAAACUUCAUUAAAAUUAGUUGCAACACAAAGCCAAAUUUUCUUACUGGUUUUCCUAAUUGAGUCCAAACUAAAAUCAACAGUGCUCUACUGCAGUUUUACAAUUAUGUAGAUUUGAAAGGUCACUGCAGUAAUGUCAAUCAUGUAGUGUAAUAUAGAGGCUCACUUGCAAGGAGUCCACAGCAUUUAAUGCAUGAACUUUAAUGGCUUGAGAGUUAAGUAAGGGAUAGAUGUAAUUUCUCAGUACGUGCUCUUGUGAAUGAAACUCUUGUGUUAGGAGCAAAUGAGUGGGCAUUAUACCUACUUCCUCAGAAUAGUUUAUUUGAGUUAUAAUCCUGCCAUCAGAGAGAUGCAUCCAAACGAUGUAGAUGUUUGGAUGUAAGUGCAGAAUAGGCGUUUUAAAAAUAUGUUACCGGAGUUGAGAUAAUGUGACUGUCAGUAGAAAGUUAAGGCAUAUUCUAUUUGGAAAAAAGUCUAGGAGGUUACCUAAUAGAGGCUUUUAAAAUUCUGAAGAGAUUUGAUAGAGUCAAAUUGAAAAAUAUGUGUGGUGAAUCCAAAUAGACAUUAGCUAUUGACAGAUCAAGUAUAGAAUUUAGUAGAAAUUCCUUCUCACAGUGAAUUGUGAAAAUGUGGGACUCAUUCUUCCAGUGAGUGGGAUGAUUAUGUCUUUGAUUCUGCUGAAAGUCUAUUCCUUUACCACAAAUUUCACUGCAUCAUUCUUUCCACCACUGCCAACAGUGCCUUCUGCUAUCCAAGCUGUAUUCUCUGUAAUUAUCUCCUUAAGCCUUCCAAUCUCUUUCUUCCACCUUUAUGAUCAGGUUUUUGGUCACAUUCUUAUUUUGGUGUUGUGUUCGUUUUUUGUUAAGAUAAUGCAUUAAAGGUGCAUGUGUUUGAAACAGGCAGCAUUGUUAGAGACUAAGGAUGAUUGGAUUCACUAAUGAGCUACUGGUGAUAAAAUGACACAGAGGGAAGGGUAUUAAGAAGAGAUUAGAGUGGGAAGAGGCUAAUUGAGUAUAAAUACCCAUCAAAUAAUCGAUUUCCAAGUUGUGAAAUUCGACUAUGUGCAAAGUAAAAUUGUGUUGGUUGUACUUCCUUCAAUUCUCAGCUCUUUGUAACGGUAAAUAGUGAGAGUUCUUUGACUAAUGAACACUUGUUCUAUUUUGAUGUUUAUUAUGACAUGUGAUAGGCAUAUCAAUUUGCACUUGCAGUGUCACUUUUAAAUUAUCCCAUCAAUUUGGCUCUGAAGACUUGAGUACACUUUAUAGAUUCAGUGUUUAAGAUUGUUGCAACUAGCAGCACUGGAAUUAAGGAAGUUAUUUGAACAGUUUGCAUAUAUGUAAAUACGAUAAGAAGUACAACAAUGGACAAUGGAGGAAAUUUUAAACAAUUUUCAACAAGAACCAAAAUAACAUUUGAUUUCUCUUUCGUUCAAGAAAUUGAAAUGGCACUUUUUCAGAUCUGUUCCACAUAGAAUGAUUUUAGGUUUAUAGAUUUCAGGUGGACAACCAUUCAUUACUGUGACAAGAUCAAGAAUAUCUAUUAUUAACCAACCCAACUUCUGUUGGACCAAGCCCAAGACUGGUCACUGCUAAAAUGAAUUGCAACAUUAGGAUUGAUAAUAUAAUUCUGUUCAGAUUGGUUGUCAAAAACAGGGGCAUUCUACAGUCUUUUGUCUGGUUAAUCUCAUAUGCAUGCAUUUCAAAGUUGUUUUAGGAAUUUAUGCAACUUAUCCUAUCAUUAGCCUUUUAUUAAUUUUUAAAAUUUUAAAUUAUUUAUGCUCAAUAGAUUCAAGCUAGAUGUGUAGUUUCAGCUGUUUUAUGUGUCACUACUGUUAGUAAUUGAUGAACCACAAAAAAUUGAAAAAAUACGGAUUCAUAUAUUAAUUCUUACCUCCAUCUACAAUUUCAACACUUGUUUUUGAAUGUCAGUUUUCAUUUGAGCUUAUCUUGAGAUUUUCAACAGAAUUUGCUGUAAAGUUCUUCAAAGAAGCAAGUGCUGUGUUCACUUUUCAUGAACUUGUAUCUUGUAUUAACUCAUUGUCAGCUGAGGAAUCAAUUCUAUAUGAUUGUGUGUCCUUUGUACUUACGUUGUACAAUAUUCACUUGCUUAUCUAUGUCUUCACAUUUUGACUUGAUAAGGUUCAUUUUUACUAGUAAAUUCAUUUUAAUUUCAAGAAGAUACAUUUUAUUAUUUGUCUUAUCAAAGAUUCUGAUCCAAUUUAAAUGGAAGUGAGGGAAUUCUGUGAGAGAAUUAUUUUAUGCAAAAUAGCUCCUCAGCUUCAAAUAUGUGUACCUGUAAUAGAAAUUGGCCAGAUCCUGAUAGAUCCGAACAACCAUUUUCAUUUUUUUUCUAAGUUAUGAGCAGUUGUGUCCUGAAUGGUUCCAUUCACUUCUACAGGAGAUUGGCUCACAGUCAGUCCAGAGUGAUUUCCCAUCAGUAGAAUAAACAUAAGCCUGCUAAUUUGGUACACUACUAAGGCUGUAGGGUCUGCUGUACCUUCCUUCAACCUGUCUACCUUGCUACCUCCUUUUUGUCUUGAAGACAUUUCUUAAAACAUACUUUUGUAACCAAUUUGUUUAUCUGUGUUCUCAGACUUAGUAUAAAAUUUUGUUUAAGUUGCAACACUCCACAUUUAGUAAGUGUUUCUAGAAAGUGAAAUUAUUUCUGUGAUUUUGAGACAAGUUCAUAAAUGUCAAACUUUCUGUUCUUGGUCAUUUGAAACUAAUUGUCAUAAAACUGGAUAUCUUUACAUAGAAUAUAUAUUUUAAUCUUUUUUCGUGUACUGACUUAAAAUAGAAAUCUAUUUACUGUUUAAUUUCCAUUUUUUUAAUCUUUUCUCUGCUGCAAGAACAUUUAAAAAAAGUAAGCAGUUAGUUAAGCGGUAUAUUUUAAAGUUUGAAGUGAUUUCAAGAUUUUUAGAAUGAGUUAACUCUGCAUGCCUAUCUAUUUCAUCCUGAUGAAUCUGUUCAAUCAUUUGCUUUUUGUUUUAUGUUAAAACUUUGGAAUGCUGUAUUUUUUAGAUAAAUAUAUAUUUGAAUAAGAGAAUUAGCUAUGCUGGCAAUUAACCAUUGAAACUACUUUGUUUAUUUAGGUGAUAAUGGAAGCAAAGAGACCCAAUAACAUACUGAUUUAGGAAACAUUUUACAAAAACAAAAUAUCAUUUACUUUUAAGUAAAAAUAUAUGUUUUUGUAAUUUGACAUAUUUAAACCUUAUUCCUCAGGGAAAUUUUUAUUUUAGAAUGUAUCAUUUGCAGGAUGUUUUUUGGAAAUCUAAUUAUUUUAAUGCCUUCAAAUCUAUGCCAUGCUGGAAGUUCUAAAAUACAAAUAAUGCAUGAAAAUAUUUAACCAAAUAAAACAUUCUACGUUCCCAAAUUUGCUUUCUUUCUCGAAAUGACAUAAUUUUUUACAAAAUUUUGUAUAUAAGAUGACAUUUUCCACCUGUAAUUUAUUCUAUUUAUUUUGAUUUUCAUAGCUCUUAAUUGUGAUGUAUGUAUUUGGUAGUAAAUUUCCUUUAUGUAAAUUCUUAACAUUUGUUCAAUUUUAU